AAGCUUGUGGUAGAUAUGCUUUUCAUAAAUUUUUCGACAGUUCAAUUUCUAUUUUAUAGAGAACCACUGUCAAUCCUGGAACUAAAUUACCAGCAAUAUCAAAUGACGAUGAAUUAGCUACUCUAGAUAUUGCAGCUGAUAUACAUCCUAUAGCGUCUCAGGAGGUAACAGCGCUUGAAGACGAAGCAAUUGAAAUUAGUAAAGAUGCUACUAGAAGAAGAAUGAGCCACUUAAGAACGAUCAUACGACAAGUAAUUUUCAAGCAGUUUGGUCAUAAGAUUAACGAAAUACAUAUGAAGAAUGCCCUAUUAGAAAUUAAGCCAGACGAAUCACAUGCUUAUGUACUAAUUACCAACUAUCUAGCGCCAUAUCUGCCAUCUGGUGGCAAACUACAGCAUAUUAUGCAUCAACUUCCAUUUUUCAUGAUGGCUAAUGAUCACUUUCGGCGUUGUGGAUAUACACACUUCAUGAUCAAUUUGGUUCUAUUAACAACUCUACAUAAACUUCUCGCUUUCAAACUCGAUGCACCGCCUUUAUAUGACAUGUUCUGUUCAAAAAACGAUGAAAUGGAAAUUCUUAACUUUGAGGACAUACAAAUCAAGAGUUGGCAAGUUGUCACAGAGUCCAAGGACAUAGCUUUUAGCUCUUUUUUGAUAUCGACAAAGUUAUAUCACUUUAUGCAAGAUGUAAUUUAAUAUUUGCUCAUAAUAUGCUUGUAUUAUCUGUGAGGUAUUGGUUGUUGUUGU